UUGGCGGGAAUGCUAAGUUUUGUUGUGAAUAUAUAACGUUCAUGAUGGUUGAAUUAGUAGUUGUUUCUACCUUAAUUGACAUUUCUAGAGGUGCUUCUACUGCAGCUGAUAAAGGUAGUCCAAAAACAGAUAUGUCAACCGCCAAUCUAAUUCGGGUCGAUCAAUCAGGGAAAGGUGACUUUAGAAAAAUUCAAGAGGCCAUUGAUUCAGUUCCCUCUAAUAACUCCGAGCUGUUUUUCAUUUGGGUUAAGCCUGGAACUUACAGAGAAAAAAUUGUUGUGCCUUCUGACAAACCCUUGGUUACUUUAAGUGGAACAAAAUCAUCUAAUACAAUUAUAACAUGGAACGAUAAUGGGAACAUAUUUGAUUCUCCAACACUCUCUAUUCUGGCAUCUGAUUUUGUUGGACGAUUUCUCACAAUUCAGAAUACAUUUGGAACAGGUGGGAAAGCAGUUUCAGUAAGGGUGUCAGGAGACAAAGCUGCAUUUUACAAUUGUAGAAUCCUCUCUUAUCAAGAUACCCUCUUGGAUGAUUCUGGAAGGCAUUACUUCAACAAUUGCUAUAUAGAAGGAGCUGUUGAUUUCAUUUUUGGAAGUGCUGCUUCUCUAUUUGAAAAAUGCCAUCUGCACUCAUUAUCUGAAAGAGACGGAGCUAUUACUGCUCAUCGUAGGGAGUCUUCAGAAGAGAACACAGGGUUCACUUUUUUGGGGUGCAAAAUCAGUGGUGAUGGAGCUGCUUUUUUGGGUAGGCCUUGGGGUUCUUUCUCCCGAGUGGUGUUUGCGUACACUUUCAUGUCCACUCUUAUAAUUCCACAAGGAUGGAAUGACUGGGGAGACCAGGCCACACACAGUACUGUGCACUAUGGUGAGUACAAGUGCUAUGGCCCUGGUGCGAAUAGGUCGAAGAGGGUGGGGUGGUCACGCAGCCUAACAAGUGAUGAAGCUGCCUCAUAUUUGACAAAGGACAUGAUUGGAGGGAGAGAUUGGCUCAGGGCUCCACCAAAUCGCUUCAAGAGAGGCUCUGCUCUUUUAUCUGCCAUGCAUAUUGAAAAUGAAUAAACCACUUAUAAAACUUACAAGAUUGCCUCAAAUUCUUAGUUUAAAUAUAUUUAUAUAUAUAUAUAUAUAUAUUCAUGUGAUACACCACUAAUUUCGUACACUACUUUAAUUGCCUCAAAUUCAAUAUAAACGUUGCUUCAUAUGUAUAUGAAUAUAAAAUAUAUAUCAUAAUAUCCUUCAACUAUCUUUAGGAACUUUGAAUAUUGGAGGUCUAGCUUCUUGGUCGUCUUAAGGUAUCCUAGAACUCUCAAUUGUCUCCCAAUGUUCCAUACUUAGAUUGUUUGUAAACCUACUUAGUUUAACAACUGCAUAUGCAAUAUCCGCUCUUGUAUAAUUUGCAGCAUACAUUAGACUCUCUAAUGC